AUGGAUUUAAUUUUUCUGUUUGCAUUAUUUAAUUUAUUUUUAAAAUCGGCCUGUUCAUUAUAUUUUUUGGUUCCCCAAAAUGGCGAGCGUUGUUUUUUUGAAAAUGUGCCUGAAAAGGCCCUUUUAUCAGUCUCAUAUGAUCUCAUCUCAGAAGAAGGUAGAGAUUGCGUAUUGUCGAUUUCAGAUAAUGAUAGACGAGUGCUUAAAAAUAUGAAAUUAGAUCAGGACCAAACACAUAAACGUUUGUCGUUUGUUUCUCCGGCAACUGAUAACUACAACAUCUGCGUCCACUGUCCAGGGCGACUCUGGUACAUGAGCCAAAUGUGUAAAAUUUCAUUGAACUUUGAAAUCGCAGACGUCAGCUCAGGAGGAGACUCACAGUACGAUGUAAAUUACGAAACGACUGCAAAGAAACACCAGGUGGAGAGCUUGACGAAUCAUUUGCACCACUUUAUCGCAUCCGCAAACGUGAUUCAGGAGUACCAAAUCUCGGAGAAUCGCAACUCCACAAAGCUCUAUGACAACUACAAGUCGAUGAAUAACUGGAUUCUGGCAUUCUACCUCCUCGAAAUUCUCGUCGUUGUCCUCACCUCGGCUUUCUCAGUAUACCACAUCACUAGGUUCUUCAAAACCCAAUGCUUCAUUUAA